AUGGCUUUGUUUGUUAAAGUGUUUUUGGCCACGCUGUGUCUAACUAGCACGGCUUUCGCCAGGUAUUCAAAUGCUAGCACCACAAGUGUCUCUUCGGUGCCAAAAACCACACCAACUGCAUUUUUUUCCACAGUGAGUCUCGUUGACUCUUACACGGGUACCAGCUCGUCAACUGAUAAAGAACAUUGGUUUCUCUUGCAAGCCGAAAUUUACGUUUCUGCAGGGUUCACCGGCGAGCUGUAUCUGGCUGCGCCUGAAAGUCUGCAAGGGUUCCCUGAAGAGUCGUUUGAUCUGGUUCAAGACAUGACGUCCGUUGGGACAGUCUCCAGAAACUCUUCAAAUAUCUUUACGAUAAGGCCCGACACAUCGAACACUGAUAAGUCGUCCACUUUCAAUGUUCUCGCUAGCCUUUCUUCCGACUUGAAGUCUUCAAUUACCGGCCCUCAAACCGUUGAUUUUGAGUUUGACCUUUCCCCGGGCUCUAAACUUGUGAAGACGAUCGACUUCAUUGCGCAAGACCUGUCAAAAUCUCAAACAAAUGCUCAGGUUGACGAACAGAACCGUGUCACUUACACACUUGAUAUCCCAUUCAGCGAAUAUCCUGGGGCGCUCAACUUUGCCGCCUCUUUCUCCUACUCGGAGUCGUUUAGUUUUGACACCUCGUUGACUUCCGUCCAGGUCGUUACUGCCGUCGAUGCUUUUAACCAACCGACUAAAGGAAUCACAUUAACAGCUGUCGAAGACAAUUCAGAUGAGUCUUCCAUCAAUUUGAGCCUAACUUCUCAGAUUAGCGGUGGUAAGUUUAUUCGUAUCAGCUACACAACUACGGCAAUCAACAAUGCGGUAGCCGUUGACACACUGGCGAUUUUGAACUAUCCGACUUUAUCAACAUACAAAAGAGAUAUAUCCAUUACUUUCGAGGAUCGCGUUGUGCUGAAAACUACCACAAACGUUGACAGUUUUGGAGAGGUCAUUCACGUUAUGACCGGAUCUGGUGCUUUCCCCACGGUCUCUGGCGUCAAUUCUACCAUUUCUUCAACAAUGUCGUCAAGUUUCGAAACAGCGACUCAAUCGUCUGCCAAUGAGACUACUUCUUCAAGCUUGUCGACCUCGACAAAUGGGACAUCCGUCGAAUACACAGUCAUUCCGAUUGCCAAUGGGAGUGCCGCAACAGGCGGCUCUGCUACUGCGCCUGUCGUAUCAGCUACAAUUUCCGCUUCGAAUUCAAGCACUGCUACGAUUACGCCGACCCAAGUACAGCAUUCUUCUCUAAAUGACACUAGUGGUGGAUCAUUCACUUCGAACAGUAAGGGAGUUCUCCUGACGUAUACUGUUGUGACCCGCACAAGUGACGGAGAGUACGAAGUCUACACAAGUUUCUUCCCAGUUGCGACAUUGACCCCCCAACUUCCCGCGAAUUCUAGUGUCGCUACCUCAAGAACUAACUACGUCUUUAAUUCGGCUGUUUCUUCGACAAAUGCCUACCCUACUCGAACAGUCUUCAACAGGACGUUCAGUGGCGAGUAUUCAGUGUACACGUCACUGGUUCCCGUUGCAACUUUAAGCGGUAGUGAGACCAGCAGCUUGACCAAAAUAUCAUCUGCUGGUAGCAGUGUCUCUCAGUCCCAUGGAAACAAGUCUUUGUCCACAAGUAGUGCAAGCUCGGCACACGACCCUAAAUCCACUGCUAAGUCUAGUCAAGGAUCCGAAUCUGUAAACACAGGCUUUGAAGUGACGAAAACUACAAAGUUUCAGACAAAGGCUUACCUCACUUAUUCAGUUAUCACUACGACGAGUGAGGGCAAGGUUUUCGAGUAUACCAGUUGGUUUCCUGUCACGACACUCUCUCCCGAAGUUUCAACCAUCACACUGAGCCAAACUUCCUUAUCUGAGAGCGCGACCACAACCGUCGCGUCAAAGAAGAAGAGCUUGACUGCUUCCGUCUUCACCCAGACAAAAGCAGGCCAAGUUUCUGUUUUUACUAGUAUGGUACCGGUGCAGACGCAGACAUCUCAAAGUACACAGGUGUCUGACUCUCAGCCUGCUAGCAUCAAAAAGACAGCUACAGGUACCAAAUCAACACCUUCAAGCGUAACUGUUUUGGACUCUCCCGGGAAAACCGCUACUGCACUUUCAAACACCACUAUUCUAGACUCCUCGGGACAUACUGCCCAAUCUCUUACCACCAAGUAUGGUGUCUCAUCAGGAAUGAGGGAGUUAACGAGGUCAGAAAUUGUCUUUACUUCCGAGUCGCUUAUUGGUGGCUCUUACCUCGGUGUGGGCUCCGCCAAAUCUGGACGUUCAACAAUUUCAACGGACAGCAACGUUUCUGGCAGCCCCACUGUCGAAUCUGCUGUUACCAAGACUGGUGUGUCUACGAACAUCGCAAAUUCAACGCAACACGAGCUUCUCACUACUUAUGAACACCCUAUUGGAGCAUCCACACAAAGUGCAUUCACCAGCGUCGCAUCAGGCAGCACACAAGUGUCAACACCCAUUACUUUAUCUGGCGGCGCCCAGACCGGACAGAAACAGUCGGAAACAGCUAAGACGGCAACCAUUGGUCGCUCUACCUUAUCGAGCUCGUUCACAAUACAGUAUCAGAGUCUGACUUCGGUCACUUCCUCCAGACCUGACAUUUCGACUUUCGACGGCGCAGGUAAUAAAGUGCGGGGCGGAAUUGUUGGUGCUGCUUUCGGACUUUUUGCGUGUUUGGUAUGA